AUUCGACUGUCCUUGAGUAGCAAUCGAAUAUUUCAGUCGUCUUUCAUUGCAGAAAAAAUAAGAAUGGCAGAUGUCGAUGUCUUCAUAAGCAACUACACACUUGUCGACCCUGAAAUCUAUCAGCUAUGGAUCGAAGGAUUUUCUUCCAGCGAGGCAGUAUGCUACUUAAAACAAAAAGGUUUCGGGCAUUCUAUGGGUGCACCAAUUGAUCUGAUUGCAUCCGAUGUGUUAGACCAUUAUAGGACCUACUCUCUAAUUGAGCUCUACUUGCAUGCACCGACAAAGCUGAUGGAACAAAGCUGUUUCCAACUGGAGCCACAUACACGCGAUCUCAUUAUUGAAAAGUAUUAUUCAAUCGACGAUGUUGUUGCACGUGAAAUUCUUGGCAAAAAACUUACUUCAAGAUAUCGCAAGGAUCUUGACGAGGUGGGCGAGAAAACAUGUGUCAAGUUGAAAUCCUGUCGUCGCCAAUUCGACAAUGUGAAACGUAUUUUUAGAGCGGUAGAGGAGCUGCCGGGCACACUGACUAAUAAUAUUAAGCAACAUUUUUUUAUAUCCAAUGAGCUUGCCAAAAAAUAUGCGUGUAUUGUGUUUUUAGCUUGCCUACGUUUUGAAACAUCUAAAAAGAAGUUGCAGUAUUUGAGUUUUGAUGAUUUACUCACCUGUUCACAUGCCAUCAUGAGCUACUGGACUUAUACCUAUCAGCACACCGGACCCGAGUACUACGACACGGAAAUGGAUAAGGAAUUCUUGUUAGAUUUGCGUGAGCUGCGCUGUCUGCUUGAUAAAGAAAAGGAGAUUAAGCACCUUGUUGGACUUCGCCUGAAGCCAGUUCUUUUAGAACGUGCCUUUAAUGAGCUGGACAACAAUUUCCGUUCUUACUGGCGUGCGCUGAUUACGAUUGCUUGCAAUUUGCAUCGUAACCGUGAGCUACGUGAUCUCUUUGUUGAUCUCUGCGAGAAGCUGAUCGAGCCAUGGCGGCAGAAUAGUUGGAAUCGCGAGCAAGUUAAUAAAUUCCUGUCCUCAAUAACGCAGAGUGUGCUGGAUUUAGAGAUAUCUAGAGACCAGGAAACACGCUGUCUCUGGGACAGAUACAUGCAGGUCAUUACGAUAUGUUUGGAUAAAAUGUAUCACAUCUAAUUAUAAAUGUUGUAUAUCCGUGUAUUUACAAAUUUGAUUUGAAGCGUUUGACAAUUAGGUCUAAGUACAAGUAAUGUUUUUUAAUAAA